AUGCACCUUUUCGCCCCCAACCACGUUCAGCUCAUCAACGCUUGUUAUCCCGCCUCGCAAACCGCCCUCGUCAACUCGGGCCCCGAAUACAAGCCAAACGCGCAGGAACUUUCCCGUCUGACCUACUAUGCCGCGAAUCGCUCGGGGAAGAUCACCAAGCUCGCGAACGAGUUGACGAAGCGGGUGAAGGGGGAGUGCCGGAAGGCGCACGCCGGAAAUAUGCGGUCGAGAGCGUCUCUCUUGAUUACUCUGACGAUAUUCAGAGCCCUGGCGACCGAAUGCAGGAGGGACAUCACCCUCCUCUCAGCAGCUUUAGUGACUGCGGUCGAUGAUACCCUCUCAUCCCUUUCCUCCGAUCUCGAGGUAUCAGCUAGGGCGGCUAGCUUGUUCACCGCCUGGACGACAUAUACCGACGGCCAUCUCAUAGGGGCAGACCCGAACUUGACGGAGAGCUACAUGUCCAUACUCAAACAACUUGCACAGAUGAGCACCGUGGAAGAAACUCGGACGAACGAUCAGGAGAAGCGGAAUCGUAUCGUCAGCACCCGACUCAUCGGUCUAAACGCCUUAACUGGCGCAGUGACCUCCGAGGCUCUAUACAAUGCCCCCUCUCAUUUCACCCACCAGGUUUCCACCAUCAUAGAUGCCGUAAUGGUUACAGUCUUACAAUCAAAACUCAACGAUCUCCAAGAGCAAUCCUCCUUACUCCAUCACGACGACGACAAAGCGACCGCUGCCUACCUCACGGAUUUCCGGUCACGACCCGCGUACGAACGGCGCGCGCUCUCCAUCCACGCGCACGUCGACGGCCAAUCAGGCCCCACAAUGCGGGACGUAAUCAGCGCCUCCCUUCGUGCGCUUUCGCAGCUCUUCGCGCAGUCAAACGGCAGCCAGGUCGGCCAGCUCAUGCAAUCCGCCUUCAACAGCCUCGACGCGCGCCGGGGGUGGGAGAAAGCGGACCACUGCCGCUGGUUCGCGCAGCGCGCGGCGGACUGGACGCGGUACCAGUACCGGUACGCGGUGCCUACGCGGCUAGUGGAGCGCCUGCUGGAGUCGCAGGACGUGACGGACCUGACGGUUCAGCGGAGCCUGGCCGGGAUGGUCACCACCGUGUUCACCUCGCCCACCCCGCUCGUCAACCUCUCGACGUCCGACAUUGUUUCAAAUCUCAUCACGCUCGUCAUACGGCGCAUAUCCGUCGAUCCCGACGAUCCCCUCGUGCCCGACCUGGUCCACUGCAUCGCCGCGCUCGGGACGCACGUGUACUACGCGGACCAGAUACAGGACCUGGCCGGCGAGCUCAUUAGCCGUUUGCUCGUCGUCGAAUCCAACGGCGUGCGCACCUCCCGCGGCGUCGUCGGCGAGAAGAACCGUUCGCAGGCCAUCCGCGCGCUCCUCGCGGGCCUGCUCGGCCUCAUGCAGGCCGCGCACAACUCGGAGAAGGAGCACGAACUCGAGGGUGGCAGGCCGGCGUCACCAUCGGGCAAGGACACCACCAGACGUCAGAGCUCGGACAAGCACGUCAAACCCUCCAGCCGGACACGCAUCUCGCCCGAGCUGUGGAUGGACACCCUGUCUUUGCUGUGCGACGGCGACUACGCCGUCCGGGCGGACUACGCCCGCGCGCUCGCUGCCUACCUCCGCGACGAGAUCGACUGCCAGGGAGACACGACGGACAAGGACGGUGUGCGUCGGAUGCGGCCGCUCGCGGACGGGCCCCUCCGUCAAGCGAGCAACAUCACCGCCGUGCUCUACGGCGAUGCCACGACGCGCUUUCUCAGCGCGCUGCACGCAUACGUGUACGUCCUCGCCACGUCGUCCACCCUCGGCCACAACUUCACCGGGUCCGGGUCCGGGUCGGACAGGUCGUCCUCGGCGGCGCUCUCGGAGGAGCCCGAGGACGCCGGAGCGGGGUCAAGCGCGCCGUCGGACAGCGGCGCAUCGCAGCGCACGCGCGAGACGCAGUUGACCGCGCACCCGCGACGGUCGCUGACGGCCCCGACGCGCGCGCGCAAGAUGGACGUAGCCCAUCGGUUCAUUGACGCGCUCCCGACGCAGCUGUCUUCGAGCCCAUCUUCGGCGACGGCGUCGGACUACGCGCAUAUAUUGGACGUGCUCGUCGCGGUGCAGGAGAAGGUGCCUGUGCGCGGGCUGCUGACCGGCGUGCCGAUGCUCGUGGCGUUGGAUUCGUUCGCGCGGGUGGGUGAGGUCGCGGACGCGAUGCCACUGCAAAAGGCAAGGGCGAUCAAGAGGAUCGUUGCGACAGUGUGCAAGUCGAUCGGAGUUGUCUGGGAUUCGCACCAGCUUGCGGAACUUGCGGAGCAGGCGCUCGCAUUGUUACCGAAGUAUCCUCAGCUGCCGGAAGUGGAAUCCGCCCCGCCUGGCGCCUUCCCCGCCCCGCGAGAACCGGCGCGGUUCUCAAGUGUGGACGGUGGUCUUGCGGCGGAUGGCGUCCAUGGUAUCAAUAUGGAGACGGUGUUGGUGAUCCUGGCGUCUAGCGCCCACGUGCAGGAUGCCGUAGGCUUGGAUGAACAGGGAGUCUUCCGACGCCUGGCCCGGGAGUGGACUCCGAAGAUGGCUGUCCAAGACUCUUUCUCAGCCACCGAACAAAAUGCCCAUUCCAUACGCGCCGACGGCACGGCGCCUCUCCUCAAAAUCUCGCCCGCGCUUAUGCAUAUCGAGAACCUCUCGCUCGCGAGCCUGAACCGUCCCACGCGCGGCGUCGGCGUCAACGACCUCCGGGAGGCGCUCGAGGGUCGGAGCAGCAUAUCGCUCGUGCACGGUGGCGGCGGAGCGCCGUCGAUAUCGACGCUCGACCAGGGAUCGUCGAUCAUGCCGAACGAUCCCCUCGCGCUCCAGCUCACGCGCUCGCGCACGAAGAAGACGGCGGCCAGGCCGCUGAAGGGCCCGGGCGAGGUCCGCGACGUGUUGAACAAGCUCGGGAUCGGGAAGCAGAACGGCGGCGGCAACGGCUUCUUGAAGACACCAUUCCCGGGCUCGCAGGCGCGAGAUCGGCCUCCGUGA